AUGAUCAAGAGUCUCAUCAAGAAAGCACAAGGUGACCCGUACAUCGCUCUUCUUGAGUACCGCAACACUGCACUAGAUGGUGUGGGUUUCUCUCCGGCGCAGCUGCUCAUGAGUUGUCAACUGAAGUCAAAGCUGCCUACCUCCACCACACUGCUCACUCCUGAAAGCAAGAUCAGUGUACAUGACAAACUGAAAGAAAGUACUGGUGUGGCGGACAGUGGUAAUAAGAAAGGUCUUCCUGCUGGUGGCCAGCAACCUGGCUCUCCUGUUCAGACUGGGCAGAACCAGCAGCUCUUUCUGACACCAGCCAGCCUUCAGCUUGCCCAGCUGCAGGCCCAGCUAGCCCUCCACCGCCUCAAACUGGCCCAGGGUGCCGUGGGGGGAAACGCCACUACUGCGGCCACUGUGCUCAAUCAGGUGCUCUCCAAUGUUGCCAUGUCACAGCCGCUGUUCAACCAGCUGCGGACUUCAGCCAUGGUCAGUAACCCUCCAGGUGUCUUUGCUUCUGGUGCCUUGGGUAUUGCUGCUCCAAAUUCAACUCUAGGCACCUUGGUUGGUGGGGGAUUCAACCAGAGCCCUGGGAAUGUGAGCUUGAACCAUUACAGUGGGGGGCCAACAGUUGGCCAACAGGUAGGAGAGUUUGGAAAAAAUUCUGGCUCCUCAUACCCCUCUGACACCGACAGGCGUCUCCAGUAUGCUAGUUUCCUCGGUGGGACCUCUGCAGCCUCAACCAAAGCUGGGGAUGGACUGUAUACAUCAACAAACACUCAGGCUAAAAACGCAAACGGUGUGGGGUUUCAAGGAGAUGUCUAUGAGCAACUGGGACAACAGGCUGGAUUUGGUGUCAAUGAGCAGAACAUGAAUGCUUACGCCUCUACCAGCCAGAAGGAGCCGUGGAAGGCCCCUGCUAACCUGUGUCACACUGGGAAGGUGGACAUGUCUUCCAGUGCUGUAUGGACAACAGCUGGGCUGCCAGUUCAUGCCAGGGCAGAGCUGUACAACCCAGAAGAACCGACUUCUGACCCCAAGUUCAAUCUUAGCUGUGGGACCUCGCCUUUCAGUACUAGGGGUACACAAGGUUUUGUGGGCUAUCAUUCCCUGCAGGGAGGUGAAGAAACCCUGUCUGCGGGCUCCAUGACCCUUCAGCCCUACCAGGUCAAUGACUACCAUGCCGUCACACCCUCCCACCUGCCACACCAGUGUGCUAUCUGUGACAAGAAAGUCUACAACCUCAAGGACUGGGAACAGCAUGUGAAGGGGAAGCUACACCUGCAGAACCGAUCGUUGUACAACAUUGAGAGCACCGCCGUGGUAGCGCCUGGUGCUGUUCACUAUCCUGCCGGUGGAGCUUCUGACGGUGGUCUAAAUACCGGAGGGAAUGACUCCAUGGUCUACGCUACUGCAAGUCAAGAUGGAUCCUCAGGAGCCAAUGUGUCCUACUCGCCAGCUGCAGCCAUGAAGACUUAUUCCAUGUCAGGAGUUGGAUUUACCUCACACCAUCCAGGGUCAAAGCCAUUUCCACCAAGAAAAUCCAUCCCAGGACGUGUUGUCCAUAUCUGCAACCUCCCAGAAGGCAGCUGCACUGAGAAUGAUGUCAUCAACUUAGGACUUCCUUUUGGCAAAGUCACCAAUUACAUCCUUAUGCGUUCUACCCAUCAGGCCUUUCUGGAGAUGGCGUAUGUUGAGGCAGCUCAGGCCAUGGUUCAAUACUACCAGCUGACUCCAGCCAUGAUAAAUGACCAGAAACUUCUCAUACGAAUGUCCAAGAGAUACAAGGAACUGCAGCUCAAGAAACCUGGUAAAGAUGUGGAUUCGAUCAUCCAGGACAUCAACUCUCAGAGAGAAAGGGACGAAAUGCAAGAACUUGACCACUUCAUGCCAGAGAGAACCCGCUCCCGCAGUCCUGUCAGCCGUUCCCUCAGCCCUCGUUCUCACAGCCCCAGUUUUACCUCCUGCAGCUCAACUCACAGCCCCCAGGGGGCACCCUGCAGGGGUCAUGAGAGAGGCAGCAAUGGCCUUGCCACUCGCCGAGGUUCAUGGGACUGGUCAUCCCACCUGCGCAGGGCAGAAGAGGAACGGGAGAGAGAGCGAGAUGAUGUGUCCUGGAGGAAGGAGGGGGUCCAGGAUGAUGACCGACCCAACGGACGGAUAGCUGACCGUCGGAAGCUAUACCUGAAGCCUUUGGACCGUGCGAGCCCUAGAUCUGCAGACGAACGGGGAGGGGUUGUAUGUGGAGGAGGAGGUGAAGGGAUGAGGGGUAAUAGGGACUGGUACUCACGGAGCAGCCCGCAGGAUGUGGCUUUUUCCUCCUACAGACAUAUGGAGGAUGACUUUUAUGUAAUGGAGCAGAUGUACAAGUCAGAGAAGCCACCCAGGACAUCGUCAUACCAGAGACAUGAGGCAAGGCUGAAGAGGAGAGAGGAGGGGGACUACCACAGCAAGUCCAGAUACUCCGAGUCUGAGAUGAUGGAGGAACUGGCUUCAAGGACAACUGAAGACAGGAGGCAGGGCUUGCCGGCCAGAGGGGGGAGUGCAAAACAAAGCAGGAGGCACACCGCCACAGGGAGCCCAGAGAAAAAAAAUGCCGUCGAGAAUAAUGACUGUAAGCCCAAAGAAAAAUCUCGUUCACCUCAGAAAAACAAGCAAGCAGCGGAUGCUGAAUGUGAGAAAAGCAAAGACAGUGCAGGGGAAUGGGGGAGUGGAGAUGACACCGAGGGGGAGAGCUGGUACCCUGGGGACAUGGAGGGGCUGGUCACUGUAGAUGAGGUGGGUGGAGAGGAUGACUCCAUCACUGAGCCAGACCUUCCCGAGCUGACAGAGGAUGCUCCCUGCACCAAAGAGCCAACAGAGGACAAGAAAGAUGUGGAAGAUGUCACGCCGGCACUCGACGCCGGUGCUGAGAUGCAGGACACCCCUGAAGAGAGGAAGACCCAGGAGAAUGGUGACAUCACCGCAGAGAAGGCUGUGACUGUGAAAGCAGAGGAUGUGUUGAUCGCAACAAGUCCCAAAGGUCAGACACUCAGCCCCGUGGAUUCAGAACUGCCUAGCACUGACCUCAACGACCUCUCCUGUCAGGAGGUCAAGGCUGCUUCGGAGGAGACAUGCUCAGAGGACAAAGUGGAUGAUGGCCCACCAGAAAAGCCACUGGAAAAUCAUGUCAGCAAAUCUGAUGACAGCAAGACUCAGGAAGAAGCGCAAAGCACGGAGCCAGUCAGUAAGGAGACGCAGCACAAGGACGAGACUUCUCAAAGAGGUGUUCAGAAGCCAGAAAAUAACCCAUGUCCCAAUCAGACUGCGCCUGAGGCCCCCACCACAAUUCAAGAACAAGAUAUGGCCGUCAGCCAGCACAGCAUCCCUUUGGGGGUGGAGUUCAUUGUGCCCAGAGCUGGAUUCUACUGUAAGCUGUGUGGAUUGUUCUACAGCAGUGAGGUGACAGCCAAGACGGCCCACUGCCGCAGCACCGUUCACUACAGGAACCUGCAGAAAUAUCUGUCCCAGCUGGCAGAGACAAGUCUCCUGGAUGCUCUGGCUGAACCAUCAUCUACAGAGUGACUCAGCGUGACCUCUGACCCCACAUAGAGCCCCAAACCAGGACAUGUUUAUA